AUGAACAACACUCAUAACUUCCCAUUCAGUGUUAAAUCGUCGUCGAAAACCACAGCUGAUAGCGCCACACAUAACAAAGUCCCCAAAACUCCCCCCAGAACUCCACCAAAUUCUCACAUGGUAUCUCCUCCGGGAGCUCCACGUCCGGCACGAAGAGUCCGUCCCGAGAACAUGCGGACAGCCGACCGCUCGCCAUCAACUCCGUCUCGUAUUCGAAUUAGAAGAGACUGCAGAUCCAUUACUACCCGAACAAAUCGCAACAACGUUCGUCGAAGAGACUCGCGUUCCAGGUCGCCUCCCCGACUUCGUUCUCCAUUGAAUUUGUACCGAAUAAGGUCACCAUACCGUGGUAAUCACCGAGGCAACCGGACCUCCGAAGCAGCAUUGGACACUUUAUCAAUAAAUCGUGUCAACAGCAGCGUCACUGCCGUUAAUGACCAGUCUCCCGACCGUGAUGUCAUUGGUGCUCGAUAUUGGAACAUGCUCUCUCUGAGAGAUACAGAACGGGACGAGGAAAUGACUGGAUUCAUAUCCUCGGAUUUAUCAAGCAACAACGAAGCGGACAAAAAGAAUAAGGAAACUGACGAGAAUGAGUUCUGCAAGAUAUGCAAGGAACACCGUGAUGAGGAACUUGAAUUCUGGUGA